ACAUUCUCUGGAUCUGUGUCUAACAACAGUAGCAACACUGUGAUAUUAAAGCACAUCAUCGAUCAAUAUUAAUAAAACCGAGAUGAGUAAUAACCAGGAGCGGCACGGAGCGUCAUCAACAUCCUCAACUGCAGGGCAUUCGAGGCAGCCCGAGGGCCAAAGAGAAAUGUCACUUCUCCAGGAACAAGUGCAAGAAGAUAUCUUACAGCGUAUGCUAACCAAGUUUAACUUGAUUUGUCGGAAUGAAGCUAUAGAUUUGGAAUACCUCCUGGAUGUUGCUCAGCAAGAACUUGCUUUGGCUAUUAAUGCAUCAACUCAUGUUAACAUCCCAGAUAAUUUAAUUAGUGGUCUACAGGAGUUAAUCAACGUAGUUAAUAUAUCUCUGAAUUCGGAAGACCCUUCAGGAAAUCCGUCAGAAAUUGUAACUUACACCUGGGGAAACGUGGGACGCCCACGUUUGGAAAUCAGCAGGGAUGACCUUAAAGAACUUCUCACUACUGCUCUUCCUGUAGAAACUCUUGCACAGCUCUGUGGUGUUUCAAGAAGAACAAUGAAUAGAAGACUGAAGGAGCAGUCCCUCUCUGUCAGAGGCUGCUAUUCGAGCAUAUCGGAUAAUGAACUUGAUCGUGUGGUGAGAGAAAUAAAAAGAAGAAUGCCCCAUGCUGGUUACAGGCUAGUAAAAGGGGAGCUUUUGGCUAGAGGGCACCGCAUACAAUGGCACAGGUUGAAGGCCAGUAUGCGACGGGUCGAUGGAGCUGGAAUUUUGGCCAGAAUGCUCCAGCUUGGUUUUGUAGCUCGUAGAAGUUAUUCUGUUCCUGCUCCAUUGUCCCUAGUUCAUGUGGAUACCAACCAUAAACUAAUCACUUUCAACAUUGUGAUAUUUGGUGGAAUUGAUGGAUUCUCAAGGAAGAUCCUGUAUCUUGAUGCUGCUGCAAACAACAAAGCAUCGACUGCUUUCUCAUUUUUUUUGGAGGGUGUCCACAAACAUGGGUGGCCGUCGAGAGUACGUGGUGACCAGGGAGUUGAAAAUGUGGACAUCGCUCGUUGCAUGUUUUCAGUACGAGGAACGGGCCGAGGCAGUUUCAUUUCUGGAAAAAGUGUGCACAAUCAAAGAAUUGAGCGUCUGUGGUGUGAUGUUUGGUCAGCCAUCUCUUGUAAAUAUUAUGAAGUCCUGCAUACAAUGGAAGAAGAGAGAGUGCUUGAUCUAUCCGAUGAGCUGCACCUCUUUUGUGUGCACUAUGCAAUUCUUCCACGGUUGAAAUCGGACCUAAAGGGCUUCACGAGGAGCUGGAACAACCAUCCGAUCAGAACAGAGGGAAAUCUUUCACCAGAACAGCUUUGGUACAUCGGAAUGUUACAGACACCAGUGGAUGAGCCAGAUAUAGAGGUGGUGGAGCAACUUUUUCGAGAGGAAACUCCUGAUACUGACUUAGAGGAUGGUGUGGUGGUGCCAGAGAUCCAUUGCCCUUUUUCUGACCAAAAACUUGCUGUUCUGCAUGGAUUGAUUAAUCCCUUGACAUCACCAUUGAAUGACAGGGAGCUUUAUAUCCAGACACUUGCUAUCAUCCAAAGAUUGUGCUCUAUUUAACAUUUAAAUGUUUAAGUAAAACACUCAAGUACAGAUGCAGUUCUGUAAAAUUUUUAAUUAAAAAAAAAAAUCAGUUAAUUGCCAUUAAAACAUUUAAUUAAUUUUAUACAAUGCUGUAAAACAUUUAACCAUUCAGAAGCAUGUAAAGUUAUUA